CUGUUCAACAUUUAAAAUCAGGCGGAGCACGUGUUAACAUUAAACAUAAAGGAACUAACUGAAAAUAGCUAUAAAUUUUAAAGAAGCAUGAAGGAAAAGGUGGAUAAAAGCAUGGCCAAUGGCGAAACAAUCAAAACAAAGAACAAAAAGGAGCGCAAACGUGCCAAAUCUUUAAAAUCUGAGGAGGAAUCGGAGGAUACAGGGAAACCGGGUAAGAUUCCAAAGGUGUCAACCAAGAAGGAGAAGCCCUCGGAGCACGAGGAAAAGGAGAACACCCCGAGCAAUAGCCCCAUGAAGGUUUCCCAGAUCAACAAAGCUGUUUUCGGAAUCUUCAAAAAUAUCCAGGGCAGUCCGCUGAGCCACAAGACGAUCAAUUCCUUGGUGGUGCUGCUGCGCGAUGACCCGAAUGAGGAACAGCGCAAUGCCACAAGUUGCUAUGUGCUCAAGCGCUUGAUUCGCUCCACGGGAGCAGAUGACUUGAACGCAGUGGCCCUGUCCGCCAGUUAUAUGCACUGCAUCCUAAGCGCCGUGCCGGCCAUCGAUGCCCUGGAGGUGCUGAAGACGCUGAAGCGUGACCUGACCGUUAGCAGCCAGCAGAGGGGCAAAGAGGACUCCCUGGCCGCAGUGGGCCAGUUGGUCACGGCCUUUUGCAUCCUACAGAUGCCGCAGCCCGGCCAACCCAAGCCCAAACUGGUGGCGGCAGUCUUUGAGCUUUUGGUGUCCCAGCUUAAGGGCAGAGAGUACAUGGUGUCCCUGUGUGCGGACAUAAUAGCGAACUCCUUCAAUCAGAUUCUAGCUGCCAGUUUCGAUGAGUAUGUGUGGCCGCUGCUGCAACCUCAACUGAACAAGCCUUUGAGUGGCUUAAAGCUCAGCACCUGCGAUCUUUUGCUAGCCGUACACCUUACCUAUCCCCUGACCUUGGGACGCGAGAAGCUCCUGGCCAGCUUGUGGCCCAAGAAACCGCAGUUUGAACAGCUCUUCGAGCUCUAUUACUCCGGCUCCACGAUACACAGUGAUAGUGUGUACGCCAGAUUGGCCGUAUUCCUGGCCAGUGGCGGAAAAGAUUUGCUCGUCGCCUGGCAGCAGUUUGUCGAUGCCAAGCAGCCCCUUAAGCUGAAUGCAGCCAAGGCUUGUGCGAUUCAGGUACUGGGUCACAUACUGCUGAACUUUAAGGAUAAGGAUGAACAGCCCAUCUUGGAUUUGUUCACACCCACAUGUGUGCAAUUUGUGCUGCAGGAAUUGUCCACCGUAAAGGGAGACAAAAGCGAGGCCAAGAAACCCUCGCAAAAGGAACUGCGUGAGAUUUGCUACAAGUUCGAGGGCUCCCUAGUUCUUGGUUUCGAGAAACAGCUGCAAGACGAGGAGGUCAAGCUGCAGCUGCUGCUCAAAUUGCUGGAUCAGAGACUGCAGUUGGAUACGGUCAUAAGCUUGCCCCGUUUCAGCCAACAGUUGAUCAAUCAAUUGAGCAUCGAGAGUCUGCAGAAGCUCUAUGAAUACUACAGCAAUUUGCUGGGCUCUUUGGAGGAUGAGGACAGGGUGAGCCGAGUGCACUGCCUCAACCAGAUGCAGUUGAUCCUGCAGCACACGAAACUGGACAAGGAGGUUAAGUGGCGUCAGAAGCAGUUGCGUCACCUGCUGCUCGCUGGCCUCUUUCACUUGGACGCGGAUGGGAAGCCAUGUGAGGCCACCAGCGCCAGCGCAUUCAGUCGCCAGUGCUCGGUGCGUUGUGAGGAGAUCUUUCUGGGCUCCCUGCUGCACAAGUGCUCGGGUCUGCCGGCACUGUGCAAGUUGCUGCAGAAAACCUUGAGUUAUCUCAACAAAGAGUUUGCCAAACCCGAUGUGGAGAGCAAACUGCGUUCGCCCAGGGAUGAGGGCUUGCAGAAGGCCUGGAAGAAGGUGGAGAAGCUGCUGGCAAAUCCCAGUGAAGAAUCGGACGUCGUGGGCCAAACUUUCGAGGCUCUCAUCCUGUUUGUUUCCUUGGCCUUGUGCACCAAGAGUUCCCUAUCCGUUACCGUAUUGAAUGACCUGAUUAUCUGCCGUAAAAAUGCUCUAGAGAAGAGCAAGAAAAAGGCUGACGAGGAACUAAGAUGGCAGGAUGUGCUCACAGAUGCCCUGCUGCAGUUGCUCCUGCAAACGGGCCACAUUUGGCGUGGGUUUGUCAACCUGGUGGCCACCGCUUUGAUUCCCCACCUGGAGCCAGCCAACCUGGAGCAGAUUCUCGAAGUGCUCAAUAUGAACAAGAAUCCAUUGAGCAAGAAAGACGAGGGCGAAGAGGAGAGCGAUGAAGAAAUGGAGGAGGAGCAGCAACCGGAAGAUUCCAGCGAUGAUUCAGAUGGCGACGAUGAUGAUGAUGAGGAGGAGGAUGAAGAUGAAGAGGGCGAUGAGGAGUCCCAUUUGGCCCAGAUACGCGAGAGCGUUCGCCAGGCCCUGGUCAACGAUGGCGAUGCCGAUGACGACGGGGCCAGCAGCGUGGAUUGGAACGAUGUGGACGAGGAGCAGGGUGAGCGAUUGAAUGCUGCUCUUGAGCGUUCUUUCCAGUUGUUCCGUCCCAAGUCGCGCAAGGCUCAAGCCAAGGAACGACCCACCAAAUCGGAGCGCAUUGACAACACCAGUCUGCUGCACUUCCGCAUUCGCGCCUUGGACUUGCUGGAGCUGUUCGCCAUCAAGAAACCAACUCAGCCGGUGAUCCUGGACGUGCUGCACUGCGUCUUCCAGGUGUACCGCCAUUGCAGUGGCGAUACCAAACUGCAAUCCUUGAGAGAAGCCAGCUUGAAGUUGCUCAAGAAGGUGCUGGCCAAGAACAUUAAGUUUGAGCCGAAUCAGGACAAGGCACCAAUUCUGGAGGCCAUCGAGCAACUGAUGUCGACUGGCGAGGAGCAGUCGGAAGAGGAUCAAGAGCAGGGCGGCAAGCAGCAGACAAGCACCAGCCGUCAGGCCAAGGGGGAGGUCACCAUUUGGCGGGACAAGUGCUUUGCCUACCUGGUCAGCCAGGGAUCGGCAGGUGGCGAGCCCAAGGCCAGUGCCGUCUGGCCUCUGCUUGUCGAGUUCCUCGAGAUGUGGGUGGCCAAUCGACGCAGUCGCCUCUCGCUGGCCAGUUUUGAGGCACUCUUCCAGUCCGGUAAAUGGCAGGGAGUUGCUCCACUGGCCGUCGUGUUGGCCUCCCAUUUGGAUGUGCAGAAAACACGCAGCUUUAGGCGGGCACAGAUAUUGAAGCUUCUUGGUGAACAAUUCCGACGACUAGAAGCCGCGCUCAAGGAUAACCGUUCGGCCGCCAAGGAAUUCGAGAAACAACUGGCCAGAUAUGUGGGGCAACUGGAGACGGAGGCCAAAAGUCUCAAGGAGCUGAAGCUGCUGCAGAAGAUCCUGGCCCAGGGUGGCCCCAUGCGUGAGAAGCUGCUGGAAAAGGUCCAAGUUCUGGGCCAGCAGCCUCAGCCCAAGAAGAAUGAAGCGAAGCAGGACAACCAGGAAAAUAUGGAGGUUAUAGAAGUGGAUGAUGACGAGGAGGAGGUCCAGGAAGAGGAGCAGCAGCAGCAGGAGCAGACGAAAAAGAAGAAAAAGUCCAAGAAGGCCAACAAGCAACACAAGAAAAAUAAAUAAUUUUACUGUUACUGCUUAAUAUUAGAGUAACAUUAAGUUUUUUGCUCUUAGGAAAUAUCUAAUGUUGAAUACUAAAUUAGUAUUAAAGCCAACAAAUAAUAAACGCGCAACUUUUUAUAAAGUCCGCACAAUAAACGUAUAAA